UUUCUUUGUAGGAUUUUACAUUACAAAAGGGGAAAGUUUCAGAGUGCUUUGAAAUGAAGUAAGAAUUAAGUCUUGCUUCAGCCAAGUAAGUUAGCUUUUUUUAUAGGCAGAAGCAACACUGGGAAAUAGUUAUUAUAGAAAUCGUGACUAGGAGAAGCUCUUCUGGCAUUUUAUUAAGGAGUAAAUGUUUUACAUGUAAGGUAGGAUCUGUGUGUACCUCUGUGUUCUUUCUGGGUGCCUUCUGAAGACGAUUUUAGUGACUGGCCAAGAUAAAAUGCCCUAGUGAUCCCUGAGCCACAGCCAGACUGUUGGUACCAUGUCUGCCACACAAAGGAAAGAUGAAAACAAGCACCUGUUCACCAGUUUGUAUACAAGUCAGUUGAAGGCACAGGAGGACCAGUCACAGCAAGAAAAAUCUGUCAUUGCUCAACCAAUAUUUGUUUUUGAGAAAGGAGAACAAACUUUUAAGAGACCUGCAGCAGAUGCCCUGCAUGAAGCAGCAGAACACGAAUGUGGUGGUUUCUCAAGAAAGCGUGUAAGGUCCUCAUCUUUCACUCUGCAUGCUACAGAGUCUCAGACUCAAGGAGUGGCAAACUUGUCUCAGAAGCGCCGGAGAUCUUCGUCAUUCACUGAUGUCCCAACCUUCCCUCCUUCUGGGCCAGUGAGAAAAAACAAUGUUUUUAUGACAUCAAGUCUUGUGCAAAGGAAUUCUGAUAUGAACCAUGUAGAACAAGGUCCUGUGAAACAUUCUGAACAUAUUCUAAGACCUGCUAUUUUGCAGCCACCUCAAACACAAAGCUUUGAAAAAGUAAGCAAAACAUUUGGGCAUGAUGCAUCAAAGUCCUGCAAAAUUAAAGAAGAAACAAAGCACAAGAUUUCUGAGGUUAACUUUAGUUUAUUAAGUGAAAAGUUACCAAAUACCAGAAAUUCAGUCCAGCCCUCUACUAAUCAGCAUACCUCAGAGGCAACCUCAGUGGGAUGCCAACCAAAUGAAGAUAAAUGUUCUUUUAAAAGCUGCAGUUCUGACUUCGUUUUUGGAGAAAACAUGGUAGAAAGAGUUUUGGACACUCAAAACCUCACCCAGUCUCAGCUUCAAAAGUACUCAUAUGCCAAAGAAAAAACAUUCAAAUCUAUUCUGAAAUUUCCUAUCAACGCUUCAAAUUCAAACUCUAUUAAAAAUACAUCACUGAUUGAAUCAGCUGCUGCUUUUUCUUCCCAACCAUCACAGAAAUGCUUGUUGGAAAAAACUGAUAUCAUCACAGGGGAAGAGGCAGAACACAAUGUGCUGAAGGUCAACUGCAAGAUUUUUAUACUCAACAAAAUAACACAAUCCUGGACUGAAAGAGGCAGAGGAAUUCUGAGACUGAAUGACACAGCAAGCACUGACUGUGGAACACUACAGUCAAGACUAAUCAUGCGCAAUCAAGGCAAUCUGAGGCUGAUCCUCAAUAGCAAACUCUGGGCUCAGAUGAAAAUUCAAAGAGCAAACCAAGAAAAUUUGCGAAUAACUGCUACUGAUUUAGAAGACUAUGGUAUUAAAGUAUUUUUAAUUCAGGCCAGUGCUAAAGAUACAGGGCAUCUGUAUGCAGCAAUACAUCACCGUCUUCUUGCCCUCCGAAGCUUCAACAAGCAGAAAGAGGGUCAUCAAGCUGAAAAUCAGUCAGAAGCAGUCCUCCAGCAGUUAAACUGUGAGAGCUGUGAUGAGGAUGAGGAUGAGGAUAGUGACUUCACACAAGUCACUAACAAUGGAUCAGAUCCUUCAAGGUGGACCCACAGACAGUCAGUGGCCUGUUCAUGAACACUACCUACUAUAAACAUGACAUCUACAAGAUUGGCCACUCUACUGAAAAUACCAGACCAUCCUAACUAAAUCAGAAGAUUCUAUUCAGGCCCUGAAAAGUUUUUAUAAAUAAUUAAAGAAUAAUUUCUUGCAAUCAAAACUUUUAUGUUUCACAUUUUAUAUUUUGAUUAUUGUGUAGAAAAUAACAGAAUUUAAGAAAUGAACUUCAGAAGAUCAAAACUUGACAAUUUUUGUGGAAGUUAAUUUAGAAUAGGAUUUGAUAACUAAUUUGGAUUACUCAUCACAUUGAUGGUUAUAAUACUUGAAAGUAUAAAUUGUUGGAUUUGAGAAUAUCUAAAGUAUUUAUUCCAAUCAUAUAUUGUCUGACUAAAACAAAUAUUUUACCAAAUUUUCAAUCAUUAAAAAUACUAUAGUUACCUGAUAACAUUUCAUUACAUCAUGUUUAUCUUCUGAGAAAUGUCUAUUUUCAUUUAGCCUUUGGAUUUCCUAAUUCCAUAAGCUUAUACAUUCAAGCAUGGAUUCCUUUACAAAAGUUUCUGAUCUUGGACUUGUACCCAUUACAUCUUGUGUGCUUGACUUACAGUCAGGCAACAAUAGUUGAUGAAUGACUAAACAAAAUGUAAAGUAUUACCUAUAUAUCAGAAAAGUAUACAUAAGCCAUGUUAACUUGUUCUUUGCUUUAUGUAUGCAAUUGUCAUUAAUAUUCUAGAAGGUGUGGCUAUAUAGAAACUUUAAAAAUAACAAAUGUACUAUAUACAACCAAGUAAAUAUUUCUCUUAAAUUUGAUUACUGUGGUAGGCUCUAGAAAUUUCAAUAAUUUUGCAGGAGAUAUUUUGUUGUGCUUCUUUUGUGAUUUAAGAAACACUUUAUGAAUAACACAAGAAAAUUAGUUUCAGUACUCUAACUGUAUCUUAUUAGAAGUCCUAUAUAAUUCCCCCAUUUAGGGGAGAUAGAUUCAUGUUCCCAAACGAUUUCUGAAUGCUUUUUGAACCAUGACAUAUUUGUAAUAAGGGUAUAACUUUACAAACUGCUACUGUGAAGAAAUACUCACUUGGAAGUGUACACAUGGAUAUAUAUUUUAAAAGUUAACAUUAUUGCCUUAACAGUAAUAAAAGCUUAUGUAUGUAUGUA